AUGCAAAAGUGAAAGGUACAGCCAGUUCUGAGGCAUGCUUUUUCAUCUCUCAUGCACUCUGUAGGGCAGCUCUUGUGAUGCUGCCAAGCAGCGCUGCGCCGUGUGAGAAAUCAAAGCGCAGGCGUGGAGUCGGGAGGGAGCCUAUCUUGCGCAGACUGGGUACUGUACAUGGCCAUUGAUGCUGCUGGAUAGAUGUAGCCCCUGAUGUAAAUAAGAAUGGCGAGGGCAGUGGGUCUAACAUGCCGCGUUUUCUCUGCUUGACAUCGGAACAUUUUAUGCCACCAUCGGGAUUUUUUAAAGCGCGUGGCCCUAUUUUUCCUCUUUUUUCAUCUGAAUCCCGCUUUGACAGCUCGCCUGAUGAUUUCCAUUUGACACAAGAGCCAAAGCAGACGGGCGGCUUCUUCUAAUAAACACUCGGGAAAAACAGGUCAUUAUGACCUUAGUAUCCUCCAGGAAAAGAAAACCAUCGGAUUGCUUUCACGCGGCAGCUUUCUGCUUGCAUCUUUUGCUUUGGAUUUCGUGUGCCGUGUCCGGAGAGGAGGAUCAUCAUCAGUUCAGCGUUGAGGAAUGGCUACAGAGGUAUGGCUACCUUCCCCGCACAGAACCGGGAAUGUCUGUCCUGCGCUCGGCCCAAACCAUGCACUCAGCCAUCGCCGCCAUGCAGCGCAUCUAUGGCCUCAAUGUCACAGGGACACUGGAUGAGAGAACCAAGGAUUGGAUGCAAAAGCCUCGCUGUGGAGUUCCGGACAAAUUUAAAAGUGCUUCAAGGACACGGAAGCGGAGAUACGCACUGACAGGCCAGAGGUGGCAGCGUGUACACAUCACCUACAGCAUUAAAAACGUCACGCCAAAAGUGGGCGCCCGGGAGACCCAUGAUGCCAUUCGGCGGGCAUUUGACGUGUGGCAGGGUGUGACCCCCCUCCGCUUUGAGGCCGUUCCAUACAGCGCCCUGGAGACUGGCAGGCGCGACGUGGACAUCACCAUCAUCUUCGCUUCAGGAUUUCACGGCGACAGCUCACCUUUCGAUGGGGAGGGCGGGUUCCUCGCUCACGCCUAUUUCCCAGGCCCGGGCAUCGGAGGGGACACGCACUUUGAUUCAGAUGAGCCUUGGACCCUCGGGAACCCCAACCAUGAUGGUAAUGACCUCUUCUUGGUUGCGGUGCACGAGCUUGGCCAUGCCCUCGGCCUGGAACACUCUAACGACCCGACUGCUAUUAUGGCUCCUUUCUACCAAUACAUGGACACGGAGAACUUCAAACUACCUCACGAUGACCUGCAGGGCAUCCAGAAAAUCUAUGGUCCACCGGAUAGAGCUCCCCAGCCCACCAGGCCCCCACCCACAGCCCCUCCACCUCGCUUCCACCCUCCCUCAGACCCCCGUAAGAAUGACCGCCAAGCCAGACCCCCUCGCCCUCCUCAGGGGGCCAAGCCUUCCAACCCAAACUCCAAACCUGACAUCUGUGAUGGAGGCUUCAACACCCUGGCCAUCCUCCGACAGGAGCUCUUUGUGUUCAAGGACCAGUGGUUCUGGAGGGUACGAGACAACUCAGUAGUCCCUGGCUACCCAAUGCAGAUCAACUACUUCUGGAAAGGCUUGCCUCCCAAAAUUGACGCUGUGUAUGAGAACAGCGAAGGGAAGUUCGUCUUUUUCAAAGGAAACCGUUUCUGGGUCUUCAAGGACACAACUCUCCAGCCUUCGUACCCUCAGGACAUCUCACUGUUUGGGAGCGGCAUGCCCACUCAGAGUAUCGAGACAGCUGUCUGGUGGGAGGAUGUCGCCAAAACCUACUUCUUCAAAGGCGACAGAUACUGGAGGUACAAUGAGGACAUGAGAACCAUGGAUCCAGGUUAUCCCAAACCCAUUACCAUCUGGAAGGGCAUCCCUGACUCUCCUCAGGGGGCUUUUGUGGACAAGGCCAACGGCUUUACCUACUUCUACAAGGGGAAGGAGUACUGGAAGUUCAAUAACCAGCUGCUUCGUGUGGAGCCAGGCUACCCAAGGUCGAUCCUGAGAGACUUCAUGGGCUGCGACGGCUUACCUGCUGACCCCGACUGGGACUGGAGUCCUCCGGUGGCAGAAGAGCGUCACUACGACAACGGCGACGUGGACGUAGUCAUCAAACUGGACAGCACGGGGGGCACGGAGAAAGCAGUGGCCAUCGCUAUCCCUUGUGUCCUGGCGCUGUGCAUGAUGGUCCUCCUCUACACCGUUUUCCAGUUCAGGAGGAAGAGCACACAGCGCCACAUACUGUACUGCAAGCGCUCCAUGCAGGAGUGGGUGUGAGGGACUGUUACUGCUCUGUGUAAAGGGGUGUGAAGCUCUGAUAAAGGUCUAGUCAUUACUUGAAGCCCUGAGUACAGUAAUUGGAAUCACUGUAAAGGUGUGCGCGAGGAUUGCCAUGUUGGCAGAUUUGAAAACUGCUUGAAUUCGUUACGAACAAGCUGCGAGAGAGCGAAACGAUCAGCAGAACUCAAAUGAAGACAGUGAGGGAGCCACAUCCCCUAUGUCCAACUAAUAUGUAUGUAUCUGCUUCGACUUCUUUCUGUAUCUUGGAAUGAACUCAAUUAAGUGAGACAGUUAAGCUACUGUAAGUGGGACCUUUGUCUGUCCUCGUCUCUGCACGCCGCUUAAAAGCCCCUAGCACUAACUUCAGUGGACAAAUUAGAUAUAGGCUUCUACUUUACUUUCAUUCCUUAAUUAAAUUGCUCUGAGCUGUGCUUUUUUUCAUUUAGGGUCCCUGUAAAAGAUAAUUCAUUGUGUGGAGGACUGAUACACAAACCAAAUAUGACCUUUUCUUCCAAAGAGGAUUACUGCUCGAUGUUGUUUUUGAUGGGAUCAUUUUCCUCCAUGGAUCGAAACAUAGUGGCAUCAUAACUCUGAUUUUUUUCUUUUGUUCCCGCCAUCGGUAUUCACAUCCACCCAUCUGCUCUGUUAUCUUUGGGGAUGGGAAGCAGCCGUUAGGAAGAGCUAGGAACUCAAGACUGUGGUGGCGGUCUAUCUCCAAAACAGGGGCCAAAAACCUCUCUGCAAUAUUUACGAGACUGCCUUAAUCACGGAUUGCUUAAACUCCCUUCUCUUUCUCUCUGUUCCUCUGGUCUGGAUGGUGGAAGCUGGGGGACGCAGUAGGAAUACUAACAGGCAUUAAUUUCAACCCAUAAUGCAAUUUCAAAAACCAGUAAUUAAGGACAGUUUGAUCCACAAAGGGUUCAUUGCUCUUGAAAACGUGCAAAGCAGCGCUAAAUACCUGAUGGCACGAAGGCUUUUAGCUUUCAUUUGCUGCCUCACUAGAGUGUGUGAGAGAGAAAGGGAAGGUUAGAUGUGUGUGUGGAGGAGACAGUAAUUACCCACACUAUAUAUGUACUGUAUCAUACUGUAGUGUCUGCUUCAUUUAAAGAGCUUACAUCAUGUUCCCCCUCUUUUUCCUGCCAUGUUUGGACUCUGGUGUCCCAAACGGUGUCAUUCCAUACAUUUUUAACAUCUGAACUAAUCCACAGUUUGUUUUUGUUUUCAACUUUUAUACAAGGUUUGUAAGUUUAGAUAAUAUUUCUCAUCAAACUGGACACAAAGAGGGGGGAAAGGCAAUGGAAAGGAUGUAAAAUGAGACACGUACAGUAUUUCUCAUGUAAAAAAGAAAGUCAUCUCUGCAUACCUGUUUUAUAUCAGCUGACAUUAUUUCUGCCCACAAUGCUCCAUCUUCUCACCAAGUUAGUGCAAAAGUUUUGAGGAAAUGCAAAGUUAAAUCACAGCUGUUAAGAAAAAAAAACACAAAGAAACCCGCCAAAAUAAAGGAAAGUUAUUAUUUGGAUUCUUGAUGACUUUAAAAUAAAAGGGAAACCUGGUUGUGCCAUCAAUGCAGCCAGGUUGAUUUAUCCACAGAGUUAUAAAAAACUAUACUUAUGUAAUAUUAACAAACUACUAACAAGUUCUUGUAAAAGUAAUCUAACAAUGUUUGAAUUAACAAGCAUAUAAAAAAACCCAAUAUCAGCUAAAUUAAGUCUGAUGAUGAAUAUUCAACGCGUGUAUCCCAAUCUAUGAUGUACGAAUAUUUAUGACAUCAUACAUGAACCAUAAAAAGUUGAAUCAGUAAGUAUGACAAACAUUAAGAGUUAACGUAACAAAAGGCAGACUCUCUGAGGUGAGAUGGAGCGAAAACCGUGCAGGGGCUUUUCCUCCUGCUGUGUGUUGUAUUCAGAAUGCAACACACAGCCUGGAUCCAAGUGAAAUAUAAUGUCUCGCAAUUGCCUUUGAUUGCUGCCAUAUAUGUGACAAUGUGGUUGUGUGGUGUAGCGUUUCUAAGAGUUUGCCAGAUGACCAGUCUGUGAGCAUUCAUGAUGUGAUUUUUUAUUUUAUAUUUGUGCUCUCUGAUUUUGUUACUCUUUUACUAGAAACGGUCAUCAACAUUUACUGUACAGGAUAUCUGCAUAUCUUCCAUUGAUAUUAAGGCAAUGCCAUUUUUAUAACAUACCACAGCAGGAAAUUGAGGUUUAAAAUGUACCUAUGUAUGGAUUAUCAAAAGGAUGAAUCUUGAAAGAUGUUAUUGAAUCUGUCAUGGAAGGGAUAAUAACUUUGAAUCUCCAUAAGGGCAAUGCAUGCCGUUGUUGAAUUAAGAUGUCAUUCUGUUGACUGUGGAUCAUUUGGACACUCAUGUUCGACUCAGUCUUUGCCAUUCUGGUUAAAUAAGGUUGCUGGUUUCUGUUGGAUGCAUAGACACACCAGAGCUGUCAUGUUUUUCAAACCAUGUGAAAUGACUAUCUUCCAGUCUGUCCUCCCCGUUCCAAUCUCCAGGUGACAGUCAGAGCGCUGAAAAGAAAAUGUACACAUUUCAAAGAGAGGAACAUCUUUGCUUUCCCAGAGCGAUGCAGAAUUGCUGCGUGCACCAGUCCAUGUUGAUUCAUGACCACUGUAAUUUAAAGGAGGAAGCAACAGCCUGUGGCUCAGUGUUGUGUGUGAUGUCUUAUCAGUUUGUGUGUUUGUGGUGAGGGUCUGACGGCUCCGGAGAGUGUGAAUUAAUGAUGACCAGUGAGGCGAGUCGGUACUAUAUAUUAUUGCCGUAUUUAUUCCUCUGUGCUCAGCACCUCAAAUCUUGCAUUGCAUUGUACUGAGGGCGAGAACCUGUCAAUAAAGUGGGUUUGAAAUGCA